UGUUAACGGAAUUUCAAUACCGUUACAGGCCCGUUUGGUAGUGAAAUGAAGGAUAGAGAUCGCCGGUAGCUUUACCGCAGUCUACUUUUCCGAUCAUCUCAUUUCUCAGUUUGUUGUAGAAGAAAAGGAUGGCGAUUUUCAUUGCUUCACGUAGGUUAUCAUCUGGAUCGACAAUGUCAUCUCGCUUAAUCACUUCCUGGAGAUCGUUUUCCACGUCUUUCAGAGAAGAAAAGGACACGUUUGGGCCAAUUCUCGUCCCUUCCGAUAAGUUAUGGGGAGCUCAGACACAGAGAUCGUUACAGAAUUUUGAUAUUGGAGGCGAAAGAGAACGGAUGCCUGAGCCAAUUGUUCGUGCUUUUGGUGUUCUUAAAAAGUGUGCUGCUAAGGUGAACAUUGAGUAUGGUCUUGAUCCAGUAAUAGGAAAUGCAAUCAUGCAAGCUGCACAAGAAGUGGCAGAAGGAAGAUUAAAUGAUCAUUUCCCACUUGUUAUCUGGCAAACUGGAAGUGGAACACAGAGUAACAUGAAUGCAAAUGAGGUAAUUGCAAAUAGAGCAGCUGAAAUUCUUGGCCAUAAACGAGGUGGAAAAUCUGUUCAUCCAAAUGACCAUGUGAAUAGAUCACAGUCUUCUAAUGAUACAUUCCCAACGGUGAUGCAUAUUGCUGCUGCAACAGAAAUAAAUGACAGACUAGUACCGAAUUUGAAAACUCUACACUCUUCACUACAUUCUAAGUCUAUUGAGUUCAAAGAGAUUGUUAAAAUUGGACGUACACAUACACAAGAUGCUACUCCUUUGACUCUUGGACAAGAGUUUAGUGGCUAUGUAACACAAGUGAAAUAUGGAAUUGACCGAGUCAUGUGCACCCUACCUCGCAUGUAUCAGCUUGCACAAGGUGGAACUGCUGUGGGAACUGGAUUAAACACGAAAAAAGGGUUUGAUGUGAAGAUUGCAGCUGCAGUAGCUGAGGAAACAGGCUUACCAUUUGUCACAGCAGAGAACAAAUAUGAAGCUCUGGCUGCACACGACGCCUUUGUUGAAACUAGUGGUUCCUUAAACACAAUUGCCGCAUCCCUGUUUAAGAUUGCUAACGACAUCAGGUUCCUAGGAAGUGGUCCAAGGUGUGGCCUAGGUGAACUUAUUCUUCCCGAGAAUGAACCUGGCAGCAGUAUUAUGCCUGGGAAAGUGAAUCCUACUCAAUGUGAGGCAUUGACAAUGGUUUGUGCUCAGGUGAUGGGAAACCAUGUUGGCAUCACAGUAGGUGGAUCAAGUGGUCACUUUGAGUUGAAUGUAUUCAAGCCUAUGAUUGCUAAUGCUCUACUUCAUUCACUGAGAUUGUUAGGAGAUGCAUCUGCUUCUUUCGAGAAGAAUUGUGUGAGAGGAAUUGAAGCCAACCGAGAAAGGAUCUCAAAAUUACUUCACGAGUCACUGAUGCUUGUCACGUCUUUAAACCCUAAAAUCGGUUAUGAUAAUGCUGCUGCUGUAGCUAAGAAAGCCCACAAGGAGGGAAGCACCCUUAAGGAUGCUGCAUUGAAACUGGGAGUGCUAACCAGUGAAGAAUUCGAUAAUCUUGUUGUACCAGAGAAAAUGAUCGGUCCAUCCGAUUGAGCUUGAUCGAUGCUAGCUAGGUAUUCUUUUUAAUCUCGAUAAUGUUCAUGUUCAUGGCUGCCAUGAAUGAAACAAACUGGGGAAAUAAAGUAACAAAUAUAAUUUUUUACUUCAAUUA